AUGUCGACCAGACAAAUCUUUCCAACCUCGCUCAGAGAUGUCCCACCGGGCGACGAAACGGGCGAAUAUUAUAUCACCUUUUGCAACUUGACGUUCAACACGACUUGGCAAGAGAUGAAAGACUGGGUCUCAGCAUCAUGUCCCGUCGAUUACAUUGAGGUAUUCUCGUCGAGCUGUUCGGGAUGGAUGCGCAUCAAGGGCAAAGACAACUUUGAGAAAGCACUGGCACACCUGCAACGCGAGCAUUUCAAGGACCGACUUCUGCUCUUUGACAGCCGGAACGAAACCCAAGCCAUUAAGAUCAAGUUCAAAGAGACCAGCCCGAAGCCGAAGCAUGUUAGGAGAAAACGCUCUCCUCGUGGAAAUCGGGUUCAAGGAGAGCCAUGCGAGACUCUCGUGCCUCAGAACCGUCACGCCGUCCAGACUCCUCCUUAUGACCACGCGUGGUCGAGUCAAUUUGAUCAUGUCCAUGACGCCGAGGCCGCGAAAAGGAGGGCGUACGAAGAUUAUGUUGCCUUUGCUUCUUCUCUCGUGUACAACACGAGGCUGCAGAGCGCCUUGCCGAUGCAGUAUCCGGUGUCUGCCUUUCCGUACUAUCAGGCGGAAUACUAUAACGGCGCAGGCAUGGGCUUUUACGGUAAUCCUUACUCCCCAUAUCUCUUUGGUGGAAGCCCAGCGGUUUACCCACCGCAGCUCUUCUCUUUCACUGGCGGACUCUCUGUCUGGAAUCAUCUUGGCCCAUUCACUUCAUCACCUCCUAAGUGGUAG